AUGGCGUUCUUCAGCUCCGCAGGAGAGAAGAUGGUCGCGAGGCACCCCCUGAAUCGUCUGAAGCAGCAGCAGACGGUGCUGAGGUACAAGCACACGAUCAAGGAGUGCGGCAUCAAACUGGGCGCUCGCGGCGAGCUGGUGGGCGUCCCAGUUGGGGAUGAGGCCGCGAGAGUCACGAGGAUUUUGUCGGACCCGACGUCUCGGGCGCAGGUGGAGGGGAGCGGGCGCAUUCAGCAGUGGCAGAUUCAAUUGAUCUCCGGGGCCCACUUGAUGGAGGCAGCCUAUGAUGCCCACGACGAAAACGAGCAGCUUCCGAUCGAGCGUAAGAACCAGUUGGUGACCACGAGCAUCGAGUGUGGCCUGCCCGGCGUGACGCUGAUCAGCCCAGCGACCCCGCGCGACGCUCUCCUCUACUUCCGCGAUGAUGGCAACCUGCUCAACGGCGAGGCUUCUGGAGUUUCUAUCCUGGACAUCUACAGCACAGCCGACGAUCUCGCACAGGAGUGGCAGAAAGCUGCCGCCGAUAAGAGGAAGAAGAAGCCGAAGACCCAGGACGCAGGGGGGGAGAACAAGGAGAACGCGGGCGGUAGCCAGGUCCAGGAGCAGGGCACGAAGCGCUCGCAGGCGGGGUACGAAACGCAGUAUUGGAACUUCGUCGAAAAAGCUGCCCCAGGGAGGUUCACCGGCUGGGAGCCCUUCAGCGAUGCGAAGAGUUUCGUGAACGGCAUGCGGCAGCUGAAGCUGUGGCAGGCUUACAAUGACGAUAUGAACCGCGUCGCGAUUUUCACGGCCGCGAUCGAUACGAGCAUCUUGCUCAAUGUGAACGCCAAGAUCUUGAGAAUGCACAAGCCUGAUUCCGACAAGAGGCCUGGGCGACUGACGCUCAUGAUGGAGGUUUUCAAGUUCGCGCUGCCUACGAACGGGGAGCCGCAUGCGGAGUUCCUACUGAGAGAUCCAAAGGCCGCCGAAGACAUGCUCAAGGCGCUAUUCGUCCCCUUCAAGUUGACCAAGGCACACAAGAUGCAAGAGAAAGCGAGGGAGGAAGAGACGGCCAUGGAGCGCAUGCACGCGGCGAACGUCGACGCCCAGGGCUGCGAUCCUUCCGAGAGGAAGAAGCGCAGGAGAGUCAAGGCAGCAGCGGCAGAUAAAGACGUGAUGUUUCUCUGGCUGGACGACGUCAUCGAAGCCAUCAACAGUGCGGUUGCAGACGUGCCGUGGGACAAGAUUCAGAUCAACCUGGUCAAGCAGUCGCAGAGGAUGUGCAUCUACUUCGCGUUCAGUGGCAAGAUCUUAGUGGAGGCCUACACCGAUAAGAUGAAGAAGUCCCCGAAGUGCAUCGACGGGAAGCUCGAGAUUAAGACCUACCUCAAGCUCCGAGAGUACGUUGUGAAGUUCCUCAGGGAUAAGCAUGCCGACGUCGCGGGCAAUGCCGAGGAGGAUGAGAAGGGGGACUCCGAGGAGGAGGACGAGGCGCCACCGGCCAAUCCGGAGGACGCAGCAGUUGUUGCCAUGCAGCACGGCCAUUUGACCAUGACCGAGGCGCAGACCGAGCAGAUGACGCGAGCCGUGCAGCUUUUAGGCGACAUGCCGCAGAUGCACACCUGCUUGCAAAGAUUCCUCAAGGAGAACGCGAUCGAGGGCCUCCAGCAUAUUGGCCUUAUCAAAAGAUCGCACUCGGCCAUGGUCAAGAUUAUCAGUUCCCUGUGGCAGAAAGCAUUCGACGCCGGCAUCGCGAUAGCACUGCGGGAUCCCACGGCAGUUGGUCAGCCGACCGAGUUCGAACCGAUGGUGAAAUAUCUGGCUUCCUCGCUUUGGUGCACCAUGCCUCCGCUGCCGCAGAGGUGGAUCACCAUCGCCCAGUUGAUCUACCGGAGCACGGAUGGGGGCAUCGCGGUCGACCUAGAUGACGUCGGCCGCGUGCACCCGUCGCUGGGCCAUGUCUGCUCAGUAUGGAAGGACAAGGCAACUCUCCAGGGGUUUCUUGGCAUGCGCUCCCACUACAUGCUUGUUUGCAUGCUGGAACUGACCGAGAUUGCAAAAGAGAAAGGUGUCGUGACCAAGCUGGAUCAGACCCAGGCUCAGGAGCUUUCAGCCCUCGCCGACAUCAUGAGCAAGCUCGCGAACAUCAUCAUUGAUGAUGGCCUUCCGAUCGUCAUUGUCCAGGACGCCGCUGCCGAUACGGUGGAAUCAUGGGUCGACUGCUGGACGAGGAUCCUGCACCGGUGCCACUCGAUCGCCAAUUUGAAGUACGUGGAGAAAGACGAGAACGACUGGUGCAGGAUCGAGCGUGGCUUCAAGUCGAAAUACUCCGACAUGACAGUACCCAAGCUCAAGAGUGAGUACUCGACUGCUUCAGCAACGGCGACCUCGCAGGAAUCGCAGGGGACUGGCGCCCCCGCCCUCGCCGCGGCCGCAGAUUGCUGGAAAAAGGAGGACUGGGUGAAAGCAUUGGUUGACUACAGCCUGGAGAAUGCCAAGUUCAAGGAGCAGAGCAUGAAGUCCGAGUGGGACGCUGCACUUGGUUCCUGGGAUGAGGAGAUCCGGUCCAGGGGCGGCGCGGCCGCUGCCGAGGCUGCAAUCGACGCUGCGCUCGACUCGAUGUCCGCGCCUGAGCGUGCAUGCCUGGUCGUCAACAACAAGACGUACGAGCGGAUUCGCAUCCCUCCGUCCAAGAUCAGCGAUUACUUUGCCGCCAAGACCUUCCUGAUCGGGAACGCUCUGACCGAUAAGCUAUUCCGCGAGGAGUUCGACACCAUAGGCGACCAGAAGAUCGUGCUCAAGCAGCAGAGAGACGAGAAGGAGAAGGAGAAGCCGAGCCAGAGGCUCUACAUCCAGGUGGAGAGCUUGGAUGCCGUGCCCAGCGUCAGCCUUCCCUUGGUCGGAACGGUGACCUUGGGCCUCCCAGGCGUUCCGCCUUCCAAGAUGUGCUACAGUGCUGGGAAUGCGAAGAUCGGCGACGAAACCUACCACUUGUUCAUCCAGCCACUGUCUGGCAUGCUGCACCCGAUGUCAACCCUGUACACGCCAGGGUGGUCAGUGCGCUCGAUUGCUCCGAAGGACCCGAAGGACGACGACGUCAAGAAGGAUCAGAAGGCACAGAAGGACAAGGAGGCUGCGGCUAAGGCGCAGAAGAAGUGCACCAUGAAGAUGGGCAGUCCGAUCGUCAAGGAGUUCACGGUGGAGGGCUGCGCGGACAAGGUGAAGUUGUCCAUCGCCACACUCCAGAUGGACGCAGAGGCUUUCACGACCGACGCCUCGAAGGAUGGCUUCAAGGACAGGCACGUGGUCCCGGAGCCGCCGACGCCGGCGCCAGUGUUCGAGCUGACCAGGGCGGCAUUCGCCGAGGAGGUCGCGGCCGCCUCGAGCAAGAAGCCCGAGGCUGAGGACCCCACACUUUUUGCUUCCGGCGCGUGGCAGGGUGCGAACAAGGCGCUCGUCCGUUCGAUGGUGAAGCAUGUGCUCUCCUAG